GGGAGGCCUGGAACGUAGGAGAGAGUUGCUUUAGACAAGGUGGUCGCGGUCCCGCCCGUUUCGACGUGGUGCGUGGAGAGCUACGCUGCCGACUUUGAGGGUCCAAGGAGGGUGGGGCGGCCCCCUGGGCCCCGCCCCGCCCCGCCCCCGGGCGCCGCGGCCACGAUCGCAGCGGCGGCCUCGCCGGAGCCUGCGCACUGGGCCCCCAGCGCUGCCAGCGGCUCUGGGCUCGGCUGUUCGGAAGAUGGCGGACCGCGCCGGCGCCGGCGCCGGCGGCAGCACAUCCUUGAAGGGGCUGCGGAAACGGAUGGUUGCUGCUGCUCACGCCAUUGCUGAAGAAAGACGGAAUCAGAGUGGCCUUAGCUCUCUUCCGUCCCAAUCCUCAAAUAUAAGAUCAACAUUUAAACCAGUAAUAGAUGGAUCUGUGCUUAAAAAUGAUGUAAAACAAAGGUUAGCGAAAGAACGCAGGGAAGAGAAGAAAAGACAAGAUGCUAAUAAAGAAAUACAACUACUUGAAAAAGAAAGAAAGUCCAAGAUCUACUAUGAAAAACAGAUGGAAGAAAAGCAACGAAAGCUGAGAGAACAAAAAGAAAAGGAUGAACAGCGGAGAGUAUCUGCAGAAGAAAAAAGAAAACAAAAAUUGGAGGAAGAAAGGGAGAAAUUCAAAGCUGUUCUUUAUCGUACAUUGGAACGCAGCAACCGAGUGGAUAAUCGUCAAAAAAGAUGGUCGUGGGAAGGCUCUAUGACGAUGAACUCUGAGAGUAAAACUGCCCAUAAGUGUUCUGCAUCUACUGAAAAACUUGAACAGGAGGCUUCCAGUGUACACAAACAAAUGGCCACGUCAUCUGCAGGUCUUCAAAACUCUGUUGCCAAGAAAAAAACAGAAAAGAGAAGAAGCUCGUCUUUGAAUAGAAGAUAUAGCAAACUAAAUUCAUCUACGGAAACAGAACAAGUAGAAGAAAAACCAGUUGCUCGUCAACUGUACACCAAUGUUCGGGAGAAUAAUUUAAUCACUCGCCUGCUUGCGCCGACAAAAGCUUCAAUAGCCAGGAGCAGAAGUGCUGCUUCAUUAUCAGUCCCUGGAAGAGAUACUCCAGGCAUCCACAGUACUUUGAUCCAGUAUGUAAAUGUGCCCUUGCAUAACCAUGGCAGUGAUGAAUUGAGGAAGACCAGAGUGCUUCGCAAGUCAACAUGGGCAGUGCUUCCUCAGCAGAAAGUAGAAACACCCUCUGAGGUGAGCCUGGAAGCACCUCCUGGGGCAAACAUGGAAGCGGCCCCUAAGGCGAGUGGGGAGACGCCCCCCGAGACGAGCGUUGAAGCUCCCCCCAAGGAGAGCACGGAAGCAACUGCCGAGGCAAGGGGUGAAUCACCCCUCCAGGCAAGUGUGGAAGCAGCUCCAGAGGCAAGUGUGGAAGCGGCCCCCGAGGCCAGUGUGGAAGUGGCCCCUGAGAGCAUGGAAUCACCCAAAGUGAGUGUGGAAUCACCCAAAGCGAGCGUGGAAUCACCUGAGUUGAGUGUGGAUUCAUCCCUUGAGGCGAGCGUGAAUCCAUCCCCUGAGGUGAGCAUGGACUCGUCCCUCGAGGCGAGCAUGGAGAUGUCAUCUGAGGCGAGCGUGGAAGCGUCCCCCAAGGCGAGCGUGGAAGCCCUCCCCAAGGCGAGCGUGGAAGCCCUCCCCAAGGCGAGCGUGGAAGCGUCAUCUGAGGCGAGCGUGGGGGCGUCCCCUGAGGAUAGUGUGGCAGCCUUCCCCAAGGCGAGUGUGGAAGCGCCCCCUGAGGCAUCCCCUGAGGGGAGCGAGGAAACUUCUUGCAAAGUGGAAGUGAGAGGCUCUCCACAGAAACCGGAAAUAGACAAACAGGCCUCAGACUCUGUUACCGAGAAGUGCCCAUCGUUGCACAUAGCUUCGUAUAGACAGUCAUCUCCUGCAAGCGGAUUGCAUCCACCCUCGCCCAUCAGUGCUAAGCAAGUCCAAAAGAAUCGUCCCCCGUCACCUUCACCUAUCACGUCAAAACAAUCAGGACAGUCUUCUCCUUCCUACAGAAUAAUUUCUGUUCAGGCGCCCCUAUUUGUACAACAUGCGUCAAGUACCAUGGGAAGGAAGAGAGGAGCAGUUGCUAAAACCACUAACAGCUCUGAGGCUGCGAGUCAAAAGCCUGUGGCCUCCGAAGAAUCUGGCAAUAAAAGUGUAGCAGUGACUAUGAAUGCCGAGGAGGCAACAAAGAUCUUGGCAGAAAAACGACGCCUUGCUCGUGAACAAAGGAAAAAAGAAGAAGAAAGACUACGAAAAGAAAUAGAACAAAGGAGGAUGAAAGACCUGGCGAAGAAAGCAGUUGAAGACCAAGAGGAGGAGUUCUCAAAAUCUGAAGAAGAUGGGCAACCACAAAAAGAGAUAAAGAAGAAAGGAUGUCAGGAUCAAGGAGAGCAGGAGGGCCUGUUGCAGAAAGGGGAUGCCAAAGUAAAAGCUCAGGAGGAGGCCGACAGACGCAAGAAGGAGCACGAGAGAAUUAUGUUGCAGAAUAUGCAGGAGAGAUUAGAGAGGAAAAAGAGAAUUGAGGAAAUUAUGAAGCGGACAAGAAAGACAGAUUCGAAUGCCUCAAAGGCUGCAGACACAUCCGGCAAUGACACUUAUGAUGAGGACGAGGCAGAUGAUGAGGAGGAGUCAGAAAGUGAUGAGGACUCCUUCGAUGACAUGCGUCCAUCAGCCUUUAUCAAUGGCAUGGAUGCAUCCAGAAGACUCAAAACACAUUUUAAAAAUGUGAAGAACACUCCCAAGCUGGUGUUUUUAGAUGCCACUUCUGGCCAAGUCCAUAAAGAGACAAAAGCAUGUUUUAACGGCGACACGGAAACCUUCAGACAAAAAAGCAUGAAAGACCCAUUGAGUCAGGACAAGGGGAGCAGACUGUCCACCAAAAGAACGACAAGCCGAGCAGCAAAAAGCGGAAAGACAAAGGAAGCCAGUAACACCAUGGGAGCUUCCAGGAGUUUCCAUUUGCAGGCGCGGGAAUGGAUCUCUGAGAAGAUGGAUAGGAGAAGCAUGACAGAGCCGCUGAUGUCCACGGGCCCCCCUGAGAACCAAAGACAUCAUCCGAAAGGUUCCAUAACAUUCCACCCAAGUGCCCAGAGGCCUUUAGAGGACAAGAAAAGAAACAAAUCUGUUUCUGCUCGAUCACAUAAGUAAACCUCGUGCCGCCUGGAAGAGACUUCAUCCUCCACUCUGGAUUUCAACUUCCAGGCCCACCUCCCCCAAUUUUUCCACCUCUGCUCUGAACCUGGCAAAGAAAAUGACCAUCAAAAAAGAGAAAACAUCAAAGAGUCGCCUUAAUGUAUCUCAGAAGAUGCUUAUACCAUCUUGACUCCUGCCAACAAGCAACAGUUCUGAGUAAAGAGGCCCUUUUGUUUUCCUAUAAAAAUCGCCCUUGUCUCAUUUGUAUGUUUUCCUGCCAGCACGUGUGCAAGUGCGCAUCAAGGGUGUCUUUACAAGUUUCUGAAAGAAUCUCUACCAAAGGAAUACUUUUCUUUCAGUACAUAUUUGAAAUCUUAAACUAGUGUUUAUUCUGUUUAACAAUGACAUUAAUUUAGCAAUUAAAAACUCACAUUUGAUCUUGGAGAGAACAUAAUGGGUUAUGUGAGGGACUCCAGGUUACACAGAAGAGCCCUGUUCGAUUGUCUCUAGUAUACAAACACUUCUGUAUUUGUAUAUUGCAAAAUAGAGGAAGUCACAUUUUACCAUUAUGUAUAUUUUUUAUUGCCGUCGCCUGCCAGCCAAGUGUGCAGGUGCUGAUGCCCCCGAUGCUGGGCGUCCUAGAAAGCAUGAUCUUGGAACACUGAGCUGCUUUCGUGCCCUGGUCAGUGUUUCCUUUCGAAGUACACAUUGGGGUCUAUUUACCAAAACAUGGGUUCUUUUUAUUGUGUGCCUAAAGCCGUAUUUGGCUGCUGUCUGGUGGGCCAAGUUUGAUUCCGCGAAACGUUUACUGUGUAUCUUUUUCUGCUUGUGCGCUCCAGUCCUGCUCUUCAGUGUACACUCAGCCUUGGGAUAUGGCCCCCAAAUUUGCUUGCCUUUCUCUAGCCACUGGCUGCAAGUGAGGACAGGAGCAGUGUAAUUCUUCAGUCCCCAUGACAGAUGGACACUUGUACACACAGACACAUAUACACACACGUGUGCACACAGGAUAUAUGUUUCCUGAACUCCAUCGAAUCCUGCUUAAACCAUUGACUAUAACUUGAAUGCAAAUUAGUUGUCCUAAUGGUAAUAAGUUUCCUGGUGAACCACAAACAAUUUGAAGCAGGGCCGUGUUCCUUUCUAGCCACCAGUCUUGGGUUACUAAAAGGAAGGAAUUAUUCUUUCUGAUUUCUCUAGUUCUUUGCUAUUCAGAGUACUGUACCUUUGUUAUAGAUUAGAGCUUGGUGCCUUAGAUUUUGAAACUAUUUUUAUACACUAGGUCUUUUAUAUAGACAGCAGAGACAAUCAUCCUAACGUGAGUUUCUGGUAUUUUUCUGCACAAAUGUCACAUGUUGAAACACUCUGUUACACUUCCUUAUAAACGUGUGCUCUAUCAAAUAAACUUUGCAGAUAAAGCAA